AGCAACAGAUUUCAUACAGUCAAGAUGAAUAGUGUGUUAUUAAUAAGUGUAUUUAUUUGUAUUGCUACGGCUGCAUCAAUAUCAAACUAUGCAAAAGAUGAUACGGUUGCGUAUACCAACAACAACGACGGAAGCGGAAAUUAUGAAUUCAGUUUUGAAACUUCUAAUGGUAUAACUCGUAGUGAGGUCGGUGAACUACGUAAUGCCGGAGAAAAAAAUCAAUAUAUAUUCGUCAGUGGAUUCUAUUCUUAUAUAGAUCCAGAAGGUCGGGAAGUGAAGGUUUAUUAUAUAGCUGACGAAGAUGGAUAUAAGAUUGUGCCUUCCCCGAUUCCUGUCAUAACUCCUAUAGCGGGUGCACCGCCUAGUGUUACAGCAACAUUACUAGGAUAACUAGAAAACAUACAUAUACCUAUUAUUAUAAGCACUAUUUCUUUCACAUCAGUAUCUCCUUAUUUAAUACCUAUUUAAACUUUCAUGUAAACAUCACCAUCUAAUUAUAUAGUUCUAAACUAUUUUGAAUUCGGAACUUCGUAUAUUGAAUGUAGUCACAAUGAUUAAAAUAAAAUAUAUUUCUCAACAACUUUACAAAAUAUAGUGUAAUUUCAUACUUAGGUAGAUAUAUACCUACACAUUGAUUAAAAU